GCGCAGUCCCUUAGGGGGCGCCUGGAAGCCCGGCGCAUGCGCCCUGAGGGCUCGCUGAGCUACCGGGUGCCAUAGAGGCUGCGGCAGGGUUCCUGUGGCGUGGGUCGGGCAGCACAGGCCUUGGUGCGUGCGAGUGCCGAGGAGGGCACCGCCUUCAGGAUGGAGGCUGUACAGGAGGGGGCGGCCGGGGUGGAGAGUGAGCAGGCGGCUUUGGGGGAGGAGGCGGUGCGGCUGUUGGAUGACAUAAUGGCGGAGGUGGAGGUGGUGGCGGAGGAGGAGGGCCUCGUGGAGCGGCAGGAGGAGGCCCAGCGGGCACAGCCUGGCCCUGGGCCCAUGACCCCAGAGUCUGCACUGGAGGAGCUGCUGGCCGUUCAGGUGGAGCUGGAGCCGGUUAAUGCCCAAGCCAGGAAGGCCUUUUCUCGGCAGCGGGAAAAGAUGGAGCGGAGGCGCAAGCCCCACCUAGACCGCAGAGGCGCCGUCAUCCAGAGCGUCCCUGGCUUCUGGGCCAAUGUUAUUGCAAACCACCCCCAGAUGUCAGCCCUGAUCACUGACGAAGAUGAAGACAUGCUGAGCUACAUGGUCAGCCUGGAGGUGGAAGAAGAGAAGCAUCCUGUUCAUCUCUGCAAGAUCAUGUUGUUCUUUCGGAGUAACCCCUACUUCCAGAAUGAAGUGAUUACCAAGGAAUAUCUGGUGAACAUCACAGAAUACAGGGCUUCUCAUUCCACUCCAAUUGAGUGGUAUCCGUAUUAUGAAGUGGAGGCCUAUCGCCGCAGACACCACAGCAGCAGCCUUAACUUCUUCAACUGGUUCUCUGACCACAACUUCGCAGGAUCUAACAAGAUUGCUGAGAUCCUAUGUAAGGAGCUGUGGCGCAAUCCCCUGCAAUACUACAAGAGGAUGAAGCCACCUGAAGAGGGAACAGAGACGUCAGGGGACUCCCAGUUGUUGAGUUGAAUAUGAUGGAGCAUCAGAUUUUACCUAAUACAGCAGAACUCCUAAAAAGUUACAACAGUAUGCAGGACGGCAGUACUCAGCAUGGUCUUAUGCACAGGAACUAAAGGAAAAAGAGAUCGAGUCACCAGAAAUCAGGAAGAGGGGGUAAAUUUGGAUUGUAUGGAAUGAAAAAUAAACAUUCUCAAGGA